GCACGGACUCUGACAGCACGGGGCUCUAGUAAUAGCCUGCCAGGUGCCGCAACGCUGUAGAAAUAGGACGAGUUGAAAGCAAAUAAUAUAAAGAAAAGCUUCUACAGCGAGGAGACACCUCUCAGUGGCAGAUUCAAACCAAGUGCUCCUCCUAGGAUAUAUAGGCAGGCAAACGCCACAAUAACCAACCAAAGGCUGCCAGAGGGUAGAGAGGAGCGCAGAAGGCAAUCCACAUCCAUCUGCCAGCCACUUAGCACGCGCUAACAUUUCCAGUCCGGAUUACAGCACAGCUGUCUCGCUGCUACCAGGAAAAUGUCUGCCCCAGCCGCUGGAGCCCCUGCACCAGAGGGAGGGAAUCAGCCCCCUCCCAACCUCACCAGCAACCGCCGUCUGCAGCAGACACAGGCCCAGGUGGAUGAGGUGGUGGAUAUCAUGCGUGUAAAUGUGGACAAGGUUCUGGAACGUGAUCAGAAGCUGUCAGAACUGGACGACAGGGCCGAUGCCCUGCAGGCUGGAGCCUCUCAGUUUGAGACCAGCGCUGCAAAACUGAAGAAUAAAUACUGGUGGAAGAAUGCCAAGAUGAUGAUUAUCCUGGGUGUGAUAUGUGUGAUUGUCCUCAUCGUCAUUAUUGUGUACUUCAGCACCUAAGAAGAGUUGCUCCUACCCCAGUCUGAUCCUCAUUUCCUUGUUAAAGAAAAAACCCUUAAAUUGAUGAAAAAUUAACCACAGAUGAUUAAUUUACUCUCUCUCUAUAUAUAAUUAUAUCUCCCCAAUUAGCCUCAAUAUAACACCCCUAAACCCUUCAGGGCCCCAUGGCUCCCCCACUUCCACCACCUCGCCUCUGGACCCCUGUCAAUAUUUGUCCUGUGAGUGUGUGGCCCCGUCUCCUUUCUAGGUACUCUUGGCUUUUCUAACCUGCCAUACUGAGAACCAAACACUUGUGACGAUGCAUCAACAGAAAAGGAAACAACGAUUGGCGAUAAUUGUUACAUAACUGAUAUAUAUAGUUCUUUGUAGAGUUUUAUUCUGAUAUAUACCGUUUUUGUAGGUGUGUGUGUGCGGUGGGUGUGCAUUUUGUACUUUUUAUUUUUUGUAUUAAUUUGAUGUAUGCUUCAGCGGUAACUACUGCCUAUUAAUCAAAGUGUGUACUUUGCAUGUUUCAUCAUCUUUCCGUCCCCUGCUUCUUCUCUCUUUUUGGUGUUUUUUUUGCACAGUGGAGUUAGCCUCCAUUCAACUACCGGAAUACCAGUUUCCAUCUGUCUGAGUCACUUGUAUCCACUAAACAUCAAAUAAGCCAGUGAACUAAAACUUGCACUGAAAAAAGUGACAUCAAGUUACAGAAAUUGCAGCUAAUCCACAGACAGAACUGCUUUUAAAAAUUCUCCAGGUUUCUCCUUGUUGAGCUCAGGAUUUCGAUAACUUGAUGCCAUAAAAAAAAAAAAAAAAAAAAAAAUCAAGUCUUAGCUUCUUUUAUGGCUUUUUGAGAGAUUUAAUGCUCGCUGGUCUCGAUCAAGCGUACAAAUAAUGCAUGAAUUGUGAAACUGCUCUAGUAAUCAUCAUCAUCAUUCCCAACCCUUUUCAUGUAUUCCUCCCAUUAACUGUCAUUUCUCUUUUGAAAUUUCACUCUUGGAUAACUUUCAUCUGUAGCGUCUUUUAUGCCCCCCCCAAUCCCCUUCUGUCUCUCGGCAUGCUUGGACACCGCAGUUUCUUCUGAUAAUUUCAAAACUGCCAUAGUACAGUUGGACCAAUGUCUGUAGAUGUUUCUUUUUUUAUUUAAAUAUUACGUAGUGUCUUAUUUCGAAAACAUUCCUUCAUUGCAGUCUAGUGCAAAUGCUCUUACUGUAGCACAUGUAAGUGUAAGUAUCUUCUGAAAAACAAAAUGAGAUGAAACUAGUGUCGAAAACGUUGGUCAUACAAACCAUUGGAGAAAAUAGUUAAAUAGCUGUAAGGGUAUAUUUUGGAUAGAAAGGAUUAAACUUUGAAUCUGUCCAGAUUUUUAUUUUUAUUUUUAUUUUUUGGAGCUAUUAUCUUAACAUUAUACUUACACACUCUAUACUCUGGAGAUGUAUUCAUGCCAAGCUGUUGAUACAGGCUUGAAAAACCUUUCCAAGGCAAAAUGGAACCAUCGCAUAAAAUUGAUGACUUUCCACACAGCAAAAAGCCUUAUUCUCAGUCACUUUUAUCAGUAACUAUAGGUUAUUUCCAGUCACACAAACCACCCCUCACACUUUUAGUUCGUGCAGAGGGACUGCAGAAAAGGAAUCUGCUUCAAAUGCACAAGCAACCUUGUUUUUGAUGGCGCUGUCUGGCUGCUCCAUAGCCUGGCCAAAGCAGGUCCUGGUGCAGUAAAAACAAAACAAACAAACAAAAAAAAACCCUCUCCACAUGAAGAGCACAUUAAAAAGAGACAAUUCAGACUUGCAGAUCUAGCAACAGGGACAGGGGCUAAUGAGGAGAGCAGUCAAAUUCACAGUUUCGAUUUACUUCAGCAGUCUGCUGACCGUCAAAGGUUAGUGACAAGAAAAGUAAGUCGCAGUUUAAAAAAAAAAAAAGUAGCAUUCCUAAGACGAGCAUUUUGCUAGAGCAGUGGUUCUGUCUCAGUGUGUCUCCCUAUAGUUAAGGCCUUUUUCUUUUUUAAAUACUAUAGAUUCUAUUUUUUAUUAUAGUAUAUUUUUGUGUGAAACAGACAGGUAAAGAGGAAGUGUGCAAUCAGUACCAUGUGCUGCUAACCGCAGUGAGCUCCUCUUUACCUCUGUCUGCUGUGUUUUUUGUAAUUCAGCUCUGUGCGUUAUACACUGCCAAGCAUCAAGGGAGAGGCUUCUAUUGUUGUUCCGGUUAUUUCUUUCAAUGGUGCCCUCACUGGUUUGGUCUUGAACUCUUAUGUAACUUGAUUUUGGCAUCUCCUCCUGAGUAUGUGACCGUUUAGGCUACAUUAGGAGCAGGAGAGCAGGGCAAUACACAUGCACUUGAUUUUUCUUUUCUUUUCUUUUCUUUUUUAUUUUCAGAUGCUGUGGCAAACUAAGGCCUUUUACACAUUUAAUUUCUCAAAACUGCCGAAGGCUUUUGUAGGGAUUUGAAAGCAUUUUGCUUUCAGCCGCAGGAGGAUUUAGAGUUUUCCUUGUGGUUGUGGUGCAUUAUCUGUGUUUAGAGAAAUGAUGUACCGGCCUGCAUUAAUAAAUGCUCAACAGGAAGCUGCUUAGUUCAUGCUUUACUGCCACUAAUGCCAUUGUUAGCAGUCCUGAAAUGUAGUUUUCAAAUCAUACAGUGGGAACUACAGCAUUUCAAAACAAAUGUGUAUAAAGCCUUAGUAGCCGUGUCUCUUUUUAUCUUCCCCACCACCACCUGAGUAAACCAACCUGCCCCUGUUUGCUCAACUCAGUUUUUCAAAUUCCUUGUGUGUGUGUGUGUGUGCGCGCGUGUGUGUGGAGAGAGAGAGUGAGAGUGUGUAUGUGUGCACAGGUGCUUUAAUGUGUAUGUGUGUGUGUGAGUGUUAGAAUAGCUCUGUCUUGGGAAUAUCCCCAGUUUAUCCUGACAGAUUAGGCUGCUUAACUCUCAGAGUGAGGGCACGUUGUUUCCUUGAUCGCUGAAGUACAGCGAACAGAGGGGUUAACAGAACUGUUGGCCUGUUCCAUUAGGAAACACCCGGACCUUAACAAACCCGCUCCUCCUCACUUUCCCCCCCCACAUGUUUUCCCCAAAUAAAGCAAAAGCAAACUGCAGAAGAUUACCAAAGACCAGAUUUCCAUGCUUACGCUGCCAAUUGCCAUCAAAAACAAGCAGAUAGAAAGAGGUUAUCCAGACUAUCCGAGUCUGUUUCAAAUAGCUCACACCCUUACUCUAUCUGUAAGACCUUUUAACUCAUACACACUGUUUAUGUGGUGUGUCCGUUUGGCUUGUGAGCGUGCCAUCCUAUCGUAUGCAAGUUAAACCAAAACCUGAGGACCGCAUGCUUCAAAUCUCAAAAUACAUUAGCCUCCCCUAUCAUGUGUAUCCAGGUUUGAAGAGCUUCUUUAGUCUAUGACUAGUUUGUAGACACAUGAUCCUGUAACGAAUUAUAGCACAAGUCUUCUUUUUGUGUAUCGCCACAGUGCUACAGAUUUUUCAGAUGAAAAGAUACAAACUACUGCUAUUAGACAUAACCAAGAAAAACAUAUGAAUCUGCAUUGUUUGGUGUUGUAAGAUGGGGGUGUUUUGGGGAUAAGGGGUCCAUAUCCUCAGGUUUAAAGCAUUAGCAAAUUUACCAAAAUGUAUACAAGGGCAAAAAUGACAUAAGAAAUAGUAAAAUUGGAUUUGUUGACAAUAUAAAAUCAUCAUUGGAUUACAGAUGUGGUCCUUUUAGCCAUCUUACAGGAGAUAACCAUACAGUGGACUGAAGUGAAAUAACACUACUGAUUGGGGUAGGACUUGUGUGUUAUCCAUAAAUCCAGCUGUUGUCCUGUGAGAGCUCAGCCCUAUUGGUCACAAUAGUGGAAAUGAAGUGAGUGCUCUCUUUCUCUGUUGCUUUACUGUCUGUAUGAAAAGAAGUGUGCAUAAAUUUUAACACCGUGGCACUUUUUUUUUCUUCUUUUUUAAAUGUUGUGAUCCAUUCAUUGAAGCAGGAUGGGAAUUUGAUUCACUGCUGAAUAUUGUCUUAUGUCAGCUUCCAGAAACGUUCAGUGAUCUCAGCGCUGUGUUCGGGUCAUUUAGGGGGGGAAGUGUUCGGAGCCUUUUCGGAGCUCUUGAAUUUGUAAUUCAAAUUUCGAAAGCAAGCAAGCAGGAAGAGACCAACACAAAAUCCACAACCUCAUUAGCAUGUUUGCCAAUUACCCCUAAAGGGGAUGAACGCAGCAACAAGGAGGGAACCUUUGAGUCUCUGAAUCAUCUUUGGAUGGUUAUAAAUGCACAAUAUUCUGCUUAACAUAUGUUAACAUGUCUCUUUCUUUUUUUUUUUAACCAAAUAUUGUGUUUUUACUUUGCAUCAGUUUAGUAAUAACUCCAGAUGUUACUGAGUUGUUUGUGUGUCAGCACUGAUGGGUAAAGGUAAAGAAAAUGGGAAGUUUAGAGGGGGUGGGAAAGUAUUUUUACCUUCCAAUUGUCCAGAGUGCUUAGAAUGACUCUACAGUUUACAUCAGAUUGCCGUUUGUAUCUACAAGAUAUAUUUUUUGUUUAAAUCAGUUUAUUUUUGAGGAAAGACUUUUUUUUUUUUGUCUCUUUGGGAGUAGGGUUUCUGGGAUGAAGGUCCAUAUUGCCCCUGCUCAUCUGGCCUUACAGGAGGGACAGGACUGGAGGAUCAUGGGCAAUAUGCUGAGCUGUGUUUUUUUUUUUUUUCUUUUAUGUUUGCUUUUAUUUAUUGAUAGAUUUAUUGUGCUGUCAUUUGGUAUGGGAUUAGAAACUUAACAAGGUUGACUCAAUGUAAAGGAGAGGAGACUGAAUGAAAAACUAAAGUACAUAAAAUAAUUGUAGUGUAAAUCUAUCAAUGUCUUAUUAUAUUGAUGAACAUCAUGAAAUAUAUGUAUAUUGGAAAAACAAUGUCUAUGA